UUUACAAAGGAGAGUCAUUUAAAUCGCACCUCACUUUCACGGACGCCGGGUCGAAGCUGAAAAGUUACAACUAAGAGGAUAUUACCAGCCGUGAAGAUUGAUGCGGAGAAAAAUAGUUAUAAAAUCUAAUGGAUUUCUUCGAUCUCAGCAAACCGCUGGAACGGAUAACAAUUGCACAGGGAGCAAGCCGAAGAGUGAAAAAAAAGUUGGAAGAUUCGGAUGAUGAAUCGGUUUGUACAACUGCGACAGGCACUGACUACGUUACUCAAUAUGUCGAAGAGGAAAACAAAAAAUUCAUUGAGAUGGUGGCACAGGGGCGUGCAAUGGGACACGACUUCGGGAGCUCCGUCUGCGAUCUUGUUUCUCAAGGCACCAUACCAAAUAUCCGCGACAUCAAUAUCGCAGAGCUUACAAAGAUUUACCAAACUUUCAACUUUGCUUAUCGGCCAAAAUCUAAUCUUACUAUAAUGUCAAUGAAGGAUCGCAUUGUUUCGAUGAUCGAAACUAAUCAAUGCGUUAUAAUACAGGGACAUACAGGCUGCGGAAAGACAACGCAGGUUCCGCAGUUCAUCUUGAAUUCUUGCUUCGACAAAAAAGUACAUUGCAAUAUCAUCGUGACUCAGCCAAGGAGAAUAGCUGCAAUCAGCAUUGCUAAACGAGUAAGCGAAGAAAGGCAAUGGCCAGUUGGAACAUUGGUAGGAUAUCAAGUUGGGAUGGUGAACAAUACUUCACAAGAUACCAGAUUGACUUACUGCACAACAGGAGUUCUUCUACAAAAGUUGAUAAAUACUAAGCAUAUGAUGGAUUACACUCAUAUUAUACUUGAUGAAGUUCACGAGCGAGAUCAAGAUAUGGACUUCCUUUUGUUGGUAGUUCGUAAAUUAUCAAGACUGAAUUCACACUCGGUUAAAAUUAUCCUUAUGUCUGCUACGUUCAACGUUGAGAAAUUCGCCAGCUACUUUUCAAUACCUAUUGGAAACAAACUUGAACCAGCCCCUGUUAUCGACAUUGAAAAGAAACGCCAAUUCAAUAUUCACCACUUUUACUUGGGACAACUCGAACAGCUAGGACCUCUGCCAGAAAUUUCGGCUGAAGAGCCCAUGGUAACAGUGAAGAUGAUGAAACUUUGUUUAAACCUGAUAAUGGUUUUCGACACGAUAGACCGGCAGGAGACGAGAAGCAAAACUGAAAGAAAAACCGCAAACCGCAGCGUUGUACUAGUCUUUUUACCAGGAAUAUUUGAGAUCGAGGAAAUGUUCAAUCUCCUAAAUGACCCUGAACAUGAAAGCUACUGCUGGGACGUGGUCGUGAUGCAUUCGUCCAUAACCAAUGAGGAACAGCAAAAGAUAUUUGAAAUGCCGCCGACGGGUUAUCGUCGAGUAAUACUGUCCACCAACAUUUCCGAAAGCAGUAUAACCGUUCCUGAUGUCAAAUAUGUCAUCGAUUUUUGUCUCACAAAACAACUCGUAACUGACCCAAAAACAAAUUUUCAAUGCCUUGAAAUGACCUGGGCUAGCAAAGCAAAUUGUAAACAACGUGCCGGACGUGCAGGUCGUGUAAUGAAUGGACGGGUUUAUAAAUUGGUACCUGAGAACUUUUACGAAAAUGUAUUGCCUGAAGAGGGUGACCCAGAAAUGUUAAGAGCACCUCUUGAGAAUUUAGUUCUAAGUGCAAAAUUAUUGGACAUGGGUGAACCGAAAGCUAUCUUGGCCCUGUCUUUGGAUCCACCUGAUCUCAGCAACUUAGAACGCACCGUCUUGUUGCUCAAGGAAGUCGGUGGGCUGAUAGAUAUUGAGGAUAUGAACUUCGACAGUAGAUACGACGGUUACUUAACCGAUCUGGGUAGAAUAAUGGCCCGACUUCCCGUUAGCAUUCAUAUAUCGAAACUGUUCGUUCUUGGACACGUUUUCAGUGUCCUGAAAGAGACGAUUAUAAUAGGCGCGAGUAUGUCCGUAAAGAGCAUGUUCAGUACUCCGUUUAGAGAGAAGCUGAAAGCCUACAACGCUAAGCUUACUUGGGCAGAUAGUUCGUGCAGUGACAGCAUAGCUUAUUUAAAUGCUUACAAUGUAUGGAUUCGAGAAAAGGUUAGAGGCCAAUUGUCCACUAAGGCUGCUGAAAAAUCUUGGGCUCUACGACACUUUAUUCAGAUCAGGGUGCUGCGAGAAGUGGACGCUAUGAUACAAGAUAUUGAGAAGAGAUUAUCGAAAAUGGGGAUUACGGAAACGGUUGGUACCAACAGAGUGCGGUACUCAGAGGUCGAAAAACCUUUGGUGAUAAAAAUCGUAAUAGCCGGUGCAUUUUAUCCGCAUUAUUUUGUACGGAGAGUGCAGAGCGGCGAAGUUGACGAGCGUGCGGCCGUAAAACUGGUCGGAGGAAACGACCCGACAAAUUCUGUCUACCUGCAAGGCUGGCCCACACAGCAGCCAGGCCCUUUGUAUACUAAACAAUUCCAAGAAGUGUUUAAAGAUUGUCAGAGUUCCACAGAUGCCCACAUUCUUGUCUCCUUUGACGGUUCUAGUCGUGUUUAUUUACAGUUUAACAAAAGCUAUGAAGCUGCCAGUCCCCAAUCGCAACCCAAAGCACCAGGGAAGAUAUCUCUUUCUGUUUACAAGGCUGUUAAAAUGCGACAGAACAACAUGCCCAUAGUUAUACGAUUACUCGAUCAAGCAAGCGCUGUUGAAAAAGCAGUGGAAUUCGGAAUACCGACUGUAAACCUUACGUCUAUCACUCGCAAGAACGAAUCUCAAGAAAAAGUUAUUGCACGACCCGCGUACAGUCCAAUUUUACCCAGUCUCGAUGUUUCCUACAUUCCUCUCGUCAUUGCGUAUAUCGAAGAUCCUGGAUGCUUCUGGGCCCAAAUAAGAGACGAGGAGACGUGGAGUAAUUUGCAAAAGAUCAAAGACCUUGUUAACAAGAUAAAAAAAACUUCCGAAAACUGCACAAUUGAAAAGCUGCCCAUUGGCUCACUUGUAAUCGCUCCUUUUGAGGAUGACGAGUCGGUGAACUACUACAGAGCAACAGUUUUGAGCUACCAACGAAUACCCCAAGAUAUUCUAGUUCAAGUAUUUUAUAUUGACUAUGGGAACACGAAAAAAAUUCAUCUGCGCGACCUAACACUGGUACCACAAGACAGUGAACUUCACAAGAUCCCGAGCCAGGCGUUUAAAUGCGUUCUGUCAAAUGUACAGCCGUCCAUGCUGCGCAAUUUAGAAGGAAAGUGGUCGGACGCAGCCUAUGAAAAAUUCGAAACAAUACUAUCAGGAGAGAUCAAGCUGUUUGGAGAAAUAUACUCAGUCGUCCAAAGCGUUAUAGCGAUAAAACUCUAUCGCGUCGAUCUCAAUAAUGAAAAGAUUAACAUAAACCAAUGGCUGAUCACACAGGGUUUUGCAGAGUUCAAAGAAGAAAGCUACCUUUCACGAUCCAACAACGAAAUGCGAUCGCAACAGGCAGAUAUGAAUACUGAACAGCAACAAUAUUAUGAGCAACAACAGUAUGAGAGUAAUUACGAAAUCCUAACGUAUCCAGAACAUAUAUCGACGUCUGAUUGUUCCGAUACAGUGAAACUUAGAGGCCCGUAUUCCCCGCUUGAGAUGGAACUGAUUAACCUAGUAUCAGCAGGAAGAGCUAAAAAAAUAAACAUUGAACCAAAUUCAGUAAAUUCAGUACUGCUAGAUACAAAUCCGGCUGAUUAUCACGAAAGAUUAUUAGUUGCCGGAACAGUUGGACAAAACGUUAGCGGGCAAAGACUAAAUCUUCGAAAUACAACUCUGAUGCCUAACAUUCAUGGAUUGCCCAGUUUAUUAGCACUUAUUUUUGCCCCAACUAUCGAAUUGCGCAGAUCCCAAAGUGGCUCUCGGUAUGUCGGAGCCCUUUGUGGACUUGGUUUUGACCCGGAAACUAACAGAAGUCGUUUUCCAGACCACGACAUGAACGUAGUUUUCGAUAUUGAGAUUUCUUUAGACGAUUUACAAAAUAUAAACAGAUUACGUCACUGGAUGAACAUGGGUAUACACAUUGAGUUAUGUGAAAGUGAUUCAAGUGACAUUGCAUUAUGUCAAAGAAAAGCAAAAGAGACUUUAUUUAACUUAAUUUGUAAGAAACGAAGGUCCAUAGAAUUACAGAAUGUGUUGCAUUCCUUGAAGUGGAAUUCAAAUGAUCCUAACAUAAUUUUGGAACCAAAAAAUGUGGGAUCACCGACUAGUACUAUUUUCAAAUUACACUGUGCACUGGAUUUGGAAUUAGUACCUGAAGGGUACGAGGAAAUGCUUUCCCACCUACAGGAAUUACGGUCUCUCGCUGACGGGGAUCAGUUCAAGAAACAGCCUCACGAAAUUAGAUGUAAGUUGUGUGAGGUAGAUAUAACAGACAUUCCAAUGCUUCGUGUUCACCUAAACACACCGGUGCAUAAAAGUAAGCGGCUAGAAGCUAAUCUUUAACUACAUUUAAAAUCUACACACAAGUAAAAACGUGUAUCGACGUAUUCGUAUUCAAAUUACACCGUAAAAAUAUUACGAUAAACUGACGCGUGCGUACAUUAACGUUAAUGUAACAAAGAGAAUAUAUAUUUAAGUUUUUUUAAAUUCGUUCGAAAUCAAAACAACGGAAUUUGAGUUACCUUACCAUGCCAGAUACGUGGUACAUAAGUGUGUAUCUAGUGAUUUACCAUGAAACAAAAUCUAAUAAUUAUUAUUAUAAGUAAUGGUGCUUAGUUUGACUAUGUGAAAGAUUUUACGUUUGAUUAUGACAAAAGUGAUAUUAAUUAUUAUUUUAAAAAUUACGUUAUGCAGUAUACUUAACUUUCUCAAUUAAAACAGCGAUUCGUGGCGUAAUCCUGUGUGUGAUAAUAAAUCAUGCUUUUUCUUAAUCAUAAAAAACUGUAAUACUACCUAUUUCAUAUCAUGUUUCACGAUACGGUCUAAGUACGUAUUAUUGAUACAAGCGGAUAACAUUCAUAAGUUUUCAUUUAAAAAAAAAGAAGAAAAAACAACGUGACAAGUUACGGGUAAAUAAAUGCAGCAACCCCAAGUAAAGAAUCAACAGAAUCUGUAUGCAAUUUACCAUCUAAGUACAUCUAUUAAUGUAAUUUGGUAUACACACUAUCAUACGUGAAAAUAUCACCGUACCAUUGUAGCAUAUGUAUAUUAUCUCAGUUGAAAUAUAAUUACGGAUUAAAAUUU